ACGUUUCUAGGGUUAUAUGGACAAAUUUACGUAAACAUUUCUCCAAGUAUUCUAAGAACAUGUCCAACUACUCAAAAAUUUCCUGGUUUCUUUAUAAAAAAGUUUUAGUAAACAGUGACCUUGGAUGAGGACAUAAAAUGACCUUAACCAUGAGGCCUUACUUCUUCCCCUUGACCUUUGUCUUCCUUUUCAUCCCCAUCAUCAUAGCAACCAGUUCCAUUCACCAUGACUACUGUGUUAUAGGAGCCGGACCAAGUGGCCUUCAGAUAGGAUAUUUUUUACACCAGAAAAACAGGGACUAUAUCAUUUUUGAGAGAAAUAAUGUUUCAGGUAGCUUUUAUGUGAAGUACCCUCGCCAUAGAAAACUCAUCAGCAUUAACAAGAGAAACACCGGGAAAACGAACAAGGAAUUUAACCUGCGCCACGACUGGAACUCCCUCCUCAGUCACGAUGAAUCCCUCCAUAUACGCCAUUACUCCAAAGAAUUGUUCCCUCAUGCAGAUAUUCUCGUCAAAUACCUCAAAGACUACACUGAAAAGCUGGGUCUCAAAGUACAGUACAACACGAAUAUCCAGAACAUUCAACGACAAGAAGACCUGUAUACCAUGGAGGAUAACAAUGGCCAGCAUUAUACUUGCUCAAAAUUAAUCGUAGCUACUGGAAUCGCUACCCCCAACAUUCCAUCGGACUUCAUUGGCAAUGAGUACGUUAUUGGAUAUGAGGAUGUCUCCAUUAAUCCAGAAGAUUUUGAAGGGCAGUCUGUUCUUAUACUGGGACGUGGCAAUGCUGCCUUUGAGACGGCUGAUGCUAUCUACGGAAAUACUAAUGUGGUACACAUGGUAGCGCGUUCCAGAGUGAGACUAUCAUGGGCCACACAUUAUGUUGGCGAUCUCAGGGCAGUCAACAAUGGACUACUGGAUACAUAUCAGUUGAAAUCAUUAGAUGGCGUCCUAGAGGCGGGGUUAGAGGAAGUUAAAAUCGUGAAGAAGGACGGAAAACUUCAUCUUCAGUUCAAAGAGGAUGAGGAUGACCCAGUUUACAACAUUGAUAACUUUGCCCUCCGGGAUCCUUACGAUAAAAUCAUUCGCUGCCUCGGAUUUGUGUUUGAUAAAUCUAUUUUUAACAACAAAACAAUGAUUUCUUCUGGAAAAGGAAGAGCGAAAAAAUACCCAAAAAUUAACUAUGAUUACGAGUCCUCAGAUAACCCAGGCAUGUUCUUCGCUGGUACAAACACGCAUUCCCUGGACUUCCGAAAAUCUGCUGGGGGGUUUAUCCAUGGAUUCAGGUAUACAGCCCGUGCCCUUCAUCAUCUAUUGGAGUGGAGGUACCACCAGGUUCCCUGGCCCUCAAUCACAGCCCCCAUCACCCAGAUAGAAAACACGAUAGUGAAGAGGCUAAACGAGGCAUCAGGGAUGUACCAGAUGUUCGGAGUAUUGGGGGACAUCAUUGUCAUUAAAGAUAAUGGUCUGGAGUUUGAUUACUUGGAGGAAUUCCCUAUCAACCUUAUCGAUGACUUAUACAAACAUUCGGGUCACAACGCCACUCGUAUCAUCGCUAUCGUUAUGGAGUAUGGCAAGGAUUUCUCUGGACCAGGAAAUGAUAUUUUCCGCAUUGAUCGGGCUACCGGGGAACCAGCAGAGGCCCACCAGUCUAACUUUCUACACCCUGUGCUUUAUUAUUAUGACAAACUUCCUACAGCAGAGGACAUGCAGAAGAAACCCCUGAGGGACCUCCUCCCCCCUCCUAAGUUACUCCACCACAUCGUGGAGGAUUUCCUGACCUCCUGGGACGGCUGGACCAGUCACCUUCUGCCCCUCCGACGUUUCCUGGAGGAGGUCUUUGACCAGGAUCUACGCAGCUUCUUCGCUGACAACUGCAUGAGGUUGGCCUUGACCCAUAAGAAUGUCCCCCUCUCAUGUCAGGCCGAUUUCAUGGAAGGUCAAGGGCUGGUCCCGACCUACAGUCUAGCUCAGCUGGCCAAAGAUUCUAAAUUCCUACUUUAGAGGAGGAAUUGGUAGAUAAUAGUCAAUUUAGUCUGUCUCAAGUAAUGGAAUUUUUAUUCAUUUUGACAUAAAGAUUUUGUAUAGAUAAAGUAUUAUCUCCUGAAAUAAAUUAUCUUGUACAGUCUGGACCAUGUUAUCUCAAAUUCCACAGGACCAAAAUAUAAUUUUAAGAUAGCUAAAAAUUCAAUAUAAUGAGGGUAAAAAAGAUGAGGAAAAGUGGUUAGAACUACCAAAUCACUUUGAAAUAUCUCUGAAUCUAUUGUUAUCAUCAUGUUCACUACAACCAGUGAUUAACUAAUGAUGAUUCAAUAUUUAACACAGAGUUUGAAGAUGACUUAUUAGCACCUUACACAAAAAUUUUCUUUGUGUAUUUUGAAAUUAAAUUUGUGUAUUUAUAUGAACCAAAAAGGGUAUUUUUGCUGGUAUUUGAUGUGAUUUAUUUAAAACAUCACAUUUUUCUCAUUUUAAAAAUAUUCAAAAUUCAGUCUAAUUGAGAGUAAAAUUUCUCCUUUUUUUUUUAAAUUUAAAGUAGAUUUUUGCAAUAUUUUUCUUUGUGUAGUGAAUUUUCUCUUCAGAUAGUUUUUAUUUUCAUUUAUUUGUCACUUGUUAACACAAUUUUGGUACCAUUUUUCAUUGCAAAAAAUCAACUGUUGCAAAGUGUGUGAAUAUGCAAAUAUUUUUGUCAUGCAAAACAUCAUCAAAUCUAAGCAGUUAUAUUUUUCUACAGAUAGAUAUUUUUAUAUUCAUUUAGAAAUAUGUAUCCAAGAAAUGCUAUUAAUUACCUUAUUAAGCAGAAUUUCUGUUUUAUGUAGAAAUAUUGAUAUGAGAAACAUUCCUGCAACACUAUAGCUUUAGAUACUGAAUCAUGAUAUAAGAAAUAUUCCUGUUACACUAUAGCUUUAGAUUUUUUCCCAUGCAAAAUGAAAUGAUGUAGAGUUUGGAAAAUGCAAGUGUUGUUUGAGAGGAUACCAUCCGAAUGUUUGUUGAUAGAAUGAUUGUUUUCCCUUGAAAAGACUCUGUUUAAGUUUAUAAUUGUAAAGUGAGAAAUCUUUCAGGGAAUUGAUUGAUCCAAUCAAUACGAGGGAUUCAAUGCUGAAUCAUUUUACAAAAAAGUUGCAAUUUUAUCCCCUAUUCCUUACAUUUUUGAUGAUAUACCAGUGCUGCUCUUUCUAUAUUUUUUGUUUAUACAUGUAAAAUACUUUUUAUGUGUCUUUUCUACAACUUUCUAAACUGUUUAUAUUUGUAUGUGAUUUUAGCUUUAUGUACUAGACUGUACCCUUACUAUGAACUAGAGUUAUCUUUCUUGUAUUGCGUUUUUCUAUUUAUUCCUCUACAGCAAUAAAUUUCUUAAUUUUCUUUAAAAUCUCCAAGCACUAUCAAAUUUUAAAAUCCAUUUUUAAAAAAAGAGAGCAUCUUUUAGGAUAUUGAGUUAUCAUUGAGAUAUGUUUGUUGAAUUGUUACUGAUUCACUGUUCAAAAAAUAUAAGUAUUAUUAUUGACAAUCUUACAUCUGAAUAUUGAAAGUACAUAUUAUAUUUGAAAGCUCAAACUAAUAAGCAAUCACCACUACCUUAUUUGAUUUAUACAUUGUAUAAAAUUGCAAUAUCAAAAUGUUCCCACAGACAAGCAAUUUCUUAAUUUCUCUACAAGCUACACUCAUCAUCCAUAUAUUUGAUAUAGUUGAUCUACAUAUAAAGCUUCCUUCUCUGUGUUUGCUACAAAGUGAUUUUUCUACAAGUUUGUUGUACAAGCAAUGUAGAAGAGUUGAUUUCUUAAUGUGUUUUUUUUUGUGCUGAUUUCUGAAGAACAUGUACUUUAUAUAUUUAUUCCUAUAGGUCUUGUUAAUGUAUGGGGGAAAAUGUUAAUGUUAUGUUUCAAAAUAAAAUUACAGCUUUAA